AUGCCAAGGACAAUUCAAUAUAGUGAGAAGUAUAAUGACGAUAUGUAUGAAUACAGGCAUGUGAUUCUCCCUUCUGAAGUGGCAAGGAUGUGUCCAAAGAACAAACUUCUGUCUGAGACAGAGUGGAGAAAUCUUGGAGUUCAACAAUCACGGGGAUGGGAGCAUUACGCGAUCCACAAGCCGGAGCCGCACAUCCUUUUGUUUCGUCGUCCCAUUGGCACAGAUCCGCUCACUGGUAAAGUGCCCGAGAAUUUUAAGCCUCGGUCAGCCAACGAACAAGUAGUCGAAGCGCACUGAGAAGACUGACUCAAGAGGGAUUUUAACUUUGUAACAUUUGAACCAUUCAACCUUGUAUGAUCGAAAUCCGAACGCCUAGUGCAAGCAUUGCAAAUUACUAAUUAUGCAUUGGUAUCAAUGCUCAAUGCGGCACGGCGAGUAAGAGCAUUGACUUGCUUCUGCCUUUUAUCGAAAAUGAACAUUCCCUUCCUCAUC